CCGCAUUCUCUCUCUCUCUCUCUAUACUAAAGCGAAACGCGCCAACACAUUUUCUCUUUCCCUCUACAGUUUUGAGUUGCAAUAUUUAUUCCUCUGUUACUGAAUUUUCCGAUGGCGAAGUUGUACGUCGGCGAUCUUCACGCGGAUGUUACUAACCUCGACCUCUUCAACGCAUUCAUAGAGUGCGAAGGUCUCGAAGCCGUUCUUGUUUGUCGCGAUUCAUCUACUGGCCGUUCACUCUGUUACGGCUACGUUAAAUUCUAUCAUCAUGAUUACGCUGAGCGUGCUAUUGAGGUGAAAAAUCAUUCCACUCUCAAGGGAAAAGCUAUAAGGGUUAGUUGGCCUCGUCGUGAUUCUGAUGUGAGAAGAAGUAAACCUGCAUAUGUGUUCAUCAAGAAUCUAAAUGAUACAAUUGAUAGCGCGAAGCUUGAAGAAAUAUUUCAGAAGUUUGGAAAUAUCUUAUCCUGUAAAGUUGCUGUUUCUGAGGAUGGAAGGAGUAAAGGAUGUGGAUUUGUCCAAUUUGAGACUGAGGACAGUGCAAGCGCUGCUAUUGAGGAGCUCAAUGAAUCUGAAGUUGGAGGAAAGCAGAUAUAUGUAGGCAAGCCCAGCCCUGAUGAAAUAUAUACCAAUUUGUUCAUCAAGAACUUGGAUCUUGACAUCUCAGAAGAGCAUCUUAGAGAGAAGUGCUCUGAAUUUGGGAAAAUUAUUAGCUUGGGCAUUCCGAAAGAUAAGAAUGGAGGUUCAAAAGGUUCUGGUUAUGUGAACUUUGAGAAUCCAGAUGAUGCUAGGAGAGCAGUGGAAGCUAUGAAUGAGUCAAAACUUGGCUGCAAGAUCUUGCAUGUAGCAAGAGCACAACAGAAAACAGAGCGCAAAGGCGUUACCAGGAAAGAGGACAGGCAAGCUCAAUCACAGCUUAAUCAUGCACAAGGAUUUGCGGGACCCACCGGAUCUUCAGCCUGAUAUCCCUCUCUUUACUACUGAGGCCUCUACCUUUCUUCUGACCUCAAAAAAAAAAUAAAAAAAUUGUCCUUUGGAUAUCGUCUCUGUUGUGACUCUUGCACGUGUAUAGGAGAAGAGGUUUCACGAUUGUUCCGUCGAAAAUAUUUGUCCUUUAGAUGUCUCUAUCGUGCCUUGCCAUGUAUCUUAGUUAAGGAUGGCGAAGUGAAGACGUGGGACUUUAAGCCAGCCGAAAGCAAUUUGUGCUCUUUGCUUUAUAUAUUGCUCAAGCUGUUGUAGAAGGUUAAAAAAAAUAUUUUUUUGGAGGUCUGGGCUUCCUGUAAUGCACUGGUUUCUCUGUAUGCACAUUGCAUCAUUGUAAAAGCAAUUUGCAGUUGUAAGCAUUGUUGCUUGUUAAGUUUUCAAUCCUUUUCCCAUCUGUCUUAUGGGGAGUAACAGAUUUUAGAAUUGUUUCAGUAUAAUGGAAAGUGUGGAGUGCUAUACUAA